AGGGAGAGUUAAAGUUGGUGUUAGUUAGUGAACAGACCUGCUUCGAUCCGCACACACCAACCUUGCAUUACAGAUUUAUUUAUCAACCAACCACCAUGCAAUGCACUUGCUUGAGUAAAAGCAAAAGAAUUGUCAAAGGAAACACGGUGGAUUAUUUGCAUUGAUUUCCUCUCUCUCUCCAAGUUUGUUUUCUGGAGGAAAGUUGUCCCGUAAAUCGGAUGCCCGUCCAGCUUAAUGAUUGGGUUGCAUCAUAAAGUAACCACCGGACAUUAUUACUGUUAUUAUUGGGACGCAGCCUUCUGCCCUCCUUGAAGUAGGGGUGGAAUGGAGUAAAGUAAAAGUGAAUGUGUCCCAUAAAAUUGGUGAGAAGAGGAUUGUCCGUGAUCUGAGAGCCUCGCAGUGACUGUGGGUCGACCAUUUGACAUUUGCCUGAAUGGAAUGCAGUUGAGAUCGAGAGCUGGCUUUUUUCUCGAGCGAGUGGACAAAGAGUGACUAGUGAGCCCUUACACUAAAGUGGGAUGAAAUUGGUCAUUGGAUCCGGAUCAAUUUGAUUUGGUGGACUCAAUUGACAUGACUCUAUCCAGUCCAACGUAGUAGCAGCGGUUGUAUGAUUGGGGAAAAGUGCGUGCACUUGUUGUGAGCCACGACGACGACGAUGACUCUUGGUUGGUCAUUAAUGAUCAGAGGAUUAGCUCUCGGCCGAAGCGAUCCAGUUCUUUAUUUCUGGGAUAAUAAUACCACGACUGCUGCUUGCACUGCUCAUGGUCAUUUUAUGACUGCAGUUGGACUCCCUACUUUUCCGAUGGACUUGGCCUCGUUAAUAAUAAAUCCUCGCGUCCUCAUCCCAUUCUCAUGACUCACGCCAUGCCAUUUUCUGCCCAGACGUGAACCUUUUCAGAAUUCCGUCCGAGUGCAUGUGGUCCAGAUUCAGUUUCACGUCUUUCGUGUGCAUCUAAAAAAAACUCUCAUUUUCCGUUCACACGGUGUUUGUUGACUGAGACUGAGAAGGACACUUUUUGUUUUCAAUUACUAAAAAAUUACGACGUGUUUUCUUGCCAAUAUAUGCAAACUAUUUAUUUGUAAGUUGAUACUUUUGAACGGCCAUGUCGGCUGGUGACGACGUUAGAAAGUGGAGUCAACUUACGUUCGGAGCAUAAAAAUAAGAACAAUCCGAACCUACUAAGCUGGCAGCUGAGAAAGUUAUGUAACAAGCAGCAAGGUUAUUGCUUGGUGGCAGAGUGACUACGACGACGACAUCGUGGAAAUAAUAACAAAGAGUGGAAUGGGCCCAUUGUCCCACUUCUUCUGGACUCCAUGUAAACACAAUUAGCCAUUUCACGAUUCGGAAGGCCAAACAAUACCACGAUUCUUGUUACCCCGCCCUUGAACUCUCGUGCUCACAAUAUUGCAAACAGAACAGUGAACCCCACAAAUUGCCCGAUUUCGUGUAGCGAUAUUUUUCUGUGGUCGCGUGCAUCCGAGAUUUUUCAGUAGUGACGGAUCAUAAUCGUGGCUAUUGCGAAGACGUUGUUGUAUUAAAAAAGCUGUGUAGCCCUACUCGUUGGUGGACAGGCGUGUAAUAAUCUUUAAGCUAAUGAAGUAAUUGUCCUGUCCCAUUGUUAUUAAAAUUGCUGAUUGUUGUCGCAACCUGGUCAUUAAAGUUUACAACUUAUCUUGUCUCAACCAAGUGAUUCGUCCACCUCGUUCUCGCAGCCACCACCAAAAGGACGGGAGGAGACAGUUUUCUGCUCAAGAUCAAGAUAAACAUAUAAAAAAACGUCAUUAAAUAAAAGCUCUUCAAACACACACAAGGUUUGAGUCAAGUCGUCAAAGCAGAACUCCAACUUCCAAUCAAACCUCCUGCCAUCGCCAGACUCCGCAACGUUGCAAUAACUCCUGAGCUCCCUUGAUUGCUCCGUGAGUUAUUCGACGAGGGGAAGAUCACUCGAGGAAAAAGUUGAAACAAAAACUUACUCGGCUGCUGCCUCCAUUGUCAUACAAGCAUCAACUAAACGCUGUGCUCUUGUCCAUCAAUUUGUGAUCAGCAUACAUUAAAAUGAGAUAACUUUUUUAUGACCCGGGCCAAUAACAGCUAAAUACGCUACACACGAUAUAAUUUUGUAUGGAUGGAUGCAGUGGUUGGUUUUUCCACACCUUGCUGCCAAGAAGACAAGGCAAUGUGCGAGGCAAUGUGAUACGAACGGGAGACUGAACGUGAUCUUUUGUGCUUUUAUUCGCCUGCCCUCGUACUUUUCUUGCACUUUUGAGAGGCUAGGAGUGAGGCGAAAUAUUUAAUUAAUUGGUUGAUAAUGGAGCACCACGGGGGGAUCGUGCUCAUCGUCUCGCUCUUGUUCCUCCUGUGUGGUCUCGUGGACGCCGACGACCACUAUGAUGACUGUGCGAAAGUUCAGUGUCCUCCCGUGUCACCCCCGUGUCCUGCAGACAGCUACAGGCUGCCCUCCCUCGUGGACCACCACCACCUCCAACACCACGCCCACCCAGAGGGGACACAGGAGGAUGGGCUGUCUGCAGAGAAGCGCUGCUGUCCGGAGCAAUCCCUGGAAAAGUGUCAGUGCAUCCCGGGCCUGCAUUGCUCCGCUCCCUACUGCCCCCCAGGCUCAGGCCCCAAACUUGUACAAAAUUCGACACGAGAACCUGGGCGUUGUUGUCCCAAAUUCCAAUGCACGCCAAGUCCGGUGGAAGUGGACGAGUUUCACCAGGGCUGCAAGUACAAUCGGCGAGACUACUCGUCGGGAGAAACGUGGUCGAAUCGGGAGGACUGCUCGGAAUGCUUUUGUCACAAUGGAGUAAUUUCGUGCAAGCCGAUCAAGUGCGACGUGCCUCCAGGAUGUCCACUCGCUCGCACUCCUCCAAACUCGUGCUGUCCGGUCUGUGUGGUGGGUUGCACGACAGCAUCGGGUGGGGUGUACAACAACUCUGACUCGUGGGAGGAGGAUCCCUGCACCUCCUGCACGUGCAAAGAGGGCCGCGUCCAGUGUCAUGCAGCCAUGUGUCACUCCACCUGCGACAACCCGGUCCACGUCCCUGGGGAGUGUUGUCCCCGCUGCGACCUCGUCAACGGAGGAGGUGACAAGGACAACUCGUGUCCCUUCCUGGACUGCCACCGACUGGAUUGUCCCAAUGGCUUCAGUCUGGAUCGGAUGGGCUGCCCAACGUGCAAAUGUUCUCUCUCAAAGUUACAACCCACGUCAGGCUGCACAGACAUGGCAGGGUGUGACCUCCAUUGCCCCUUCGGCUUCUGGGUGAACGAGCAGCAAUGUUCCGUAUGCAAAUGUCGCCAAGAUCUCACGACGACGGAACAAGGACAAGGAGCAGGAGGCGAAGACGAAGGAGACAGGCGGGGAACGAGCAGUGAGAAGAAUUUACUGCUUUCUCCGGAGAAAAAGCAAUGUCACGUUUCAGAUGGACUGCCACGAUUCGAGGGUGAAGAGUGGACAGAUAAAUGUCGGCGCUGUAUCUGCAAAAACGGGGUUGAAAUGUGUACCCUCAUUACGUGUCAGCCUCCAAAUUGCGAACAUCCCAUUUUCUUCUCGGGAGAUUGCUGUCCGCGUUGUCCAGACGAGCAAGUGGGCCACGUCAACUUUUCCAUCUCGGUGUGUCAGUCGUCGGACGGGACGGAGCGGCUGGAGGGGGAGAGUUGGGGUCUGGGCUGCCUCCACUGCACCUGCCACCACGGCCAAGUACUCUGCGCCGCCCCUGAUUGUCCUCCCACCCCGUGUCCACUACCCACCCUCACCACCCCUCCCACCAAAUGCUGCCCCUCCUGCCCCCACCAAAAUACCGUCACGACCAACUCCUCGCUAAAUUCCAACUGUCUCUCGGACGACUCUCUCAAGAGCUAUGGUCACGGGGAGACGUGGAAGGUGGGAGCGUGUCAGAGCUGCGUGUGCAGUGACGGAGGGAGUAUCCAAUGCUUCUCGGUGGCAAAGUGUCCUCCACUCGAGUGUGACCGACCUGUUCUGGCCAAGAAUCAGUGCUGCCCCAUUUGUCUCGAUGACCUUCGAAGGCUGUCAUCUGAGGAGGGGACGUCCCCUGAGCUGCAUUCGCGGGGGAUGGAGCCAUACUGUGCCGUGCUGAUCGGGAUGGUGCUGGGACUGAGCCUGGUCCUGGGCGUCGUUCUCUUCCGUCAAUGCGUCUGCCGCCGAGCUUGCUCGUCCUCCAGACUAAUAAAGAUCAAGAAGGCACCCCCCUCCUUCCACUCGUCAAACUCGUCGCAGGACACCCCACCCGUGACCCCCGACUGCUGCUACAAGUGCGACUACAACAAGUACUCCUCCUGCGCCCAGCUCUCUGAGCAGAAGCCCCUCUUCAACCCUUCCUCGUCCUCCUCCUCCUCCUCCGCCGGGGGUGGCAACAACAGUGAUAAAGUCUGAUCUUCUCCUCUCCUGUUCCAAGUGGCGACACUGAUCUUUCAAUGGUUCUAGAGUUUUGUGCAGUCUACAGAUUGCAGAUAUUUAUAUCAUCAUCAUCAAAAGUGUACCUCAACCUUUAACUCCUCGGCCCAAAUCUCCACCAUUAGUUUUCCGCCAUUCUGAUUGGUGAGCUAUACAAAUACAUAAAUAUGUAGCUAUAUUUCCCUGCAAAUUCUACCCGGCGUAGUCAAAGUGUGCAUAUACGAUAGGAUCAUUACUCUUCUAUUUUAUUGACGUGAAAUAUAUCCCACAUCGGUCCUCAUAUCUCGUCUCAUAAAAAAUCCAUGUAAAUAUUCACAAGUCGAACCAAACAAGCUACUGCAGAUUUAAAUAUUUUCUACUACACCAAUAAUACUAAUCAUAAUCAUAAAGUAUACACUACUUUUUAGGGUUCAACCAAAUUGUUAUGUAAUAAGUGUAAAUCAAACAAUGGCUUUAAUGUACACAAGUCCUCGCCCUGCAGUCAGUGCCCAACUCACGACGCACACAGAAGGUGCACGUAAUAACAGAGGAAUGAUGUUUACAACUAAACAAUUAUCCAAACAUCCAUUCGACCUGUGGGGUCCAUCCAAUCCAAUCAAAACUUACAUCCUCUGAACCCUCAGACCUUUCCAUUUUAUUUCUCAUGUAAGUUACCGUCUCUCGAUGGAUGGAUGGAUGGAUGGAAACCUUCUCUGCGUGUUUAAAAAAAAGUUGAUGGUGCUUCACAAAUAGAGUUUUGUUUGCAAUAAACCCAAACGAAGGUCCACAUAAAAAAAUCAUGAAGAGUCGUGAAGGAAGGAGGAUAACAUGAUUUUAAAACAUCCACGACGAAACAAGUGUGCUCAUGUAGGACAUGCAAAGUGCUGCACACGGGGCUAAAUAAAUGAAUAUUAUUCCUUGCAAGUCAUGGUCAGAAGAAGAAAUGGUUUCGCUCUCAGCUAAACUCGAACAAAGUGUAUCAUGCAUUGGGUAUACGCUAUUUUCGAUGUAAUCAUAGUCGAUCGGAUCACUCUCAUCAUUCUUCAGUGUGAGUAACAUGUCAUUUCAAUAUGCAUUUGGAAGUUGGGUAUUCAUAAGAUGCAAAAGUUUUAUUUUUUCUGAGCGAUACGAUAAUUAAUAGAUAAAUGCAUAUAUAUGUAGGAUUAUUAUACGACUACAGAUUUAAGAUGCAUUGCAAAUUAUGUAAAAUAUUUAGGGGAUAAGAAGAGUUGUUAAUAAUACGAUAAAUUAGUUCGACAUGACACGUAUUUGAUGUCAGUUUGUGUAAAUAAGCAAGUAACUAAUGAUUAUUAGGUUUGGUGGGGGAAAAUCUUCGUCACAGAGGUUUCUCCCUUGGCGAGAAGAGAGGCGAGAUGGAUGGUGUUGCUGUAAGAUUGAUGUGAUUUUUUGUUUCUACUUGUGUAUUUAUGGAUAAAAAUAUUAUGAAGGAGAGUGAACUGCGAUCUCAUAAUCAUCGACAUAAUCUAAUCUAACUUUAGCGGAGUAAGGAAUCCGAAACCACGUUAUUAUAACUGUUAUUAUGUAUUAUGUAUUGCUAUUACUAUUGUCAUUGUUGUGUAAGUAUGAUGAUGCGAACGAGUGGACGUGUACCAACAAAUGCAAGCUAUGUGUCUAACAUUUUGUACAAACUAAUAUUCUCUUACGCCACCAAACUACCUCUUCUCCUCGGCUCAUCCUCAGUUAACAUGGCCACGUAGCCUGUAGCCCUACCCAAAAAUGUCUCCAAACACUCUUAGUUAUGUUUUCUUUUGCUAAUUUACUCAGGAACUUUGGGGAUAACUUGUAAAUUCUGUCGAAAAAUCAAUGAGAUUUUUAGUUAAGGAAUUACCUCGUCUCGAUAUGAUUUUCCCUUUCAGUGCUAUUCGUACUAGUGACGAAGGAGAUUGCAAUGCAACUUAUUUCUUUGUGCCUCAAUGGCAUCCACGUCGUUUAUUUAGGUUCUUGAUGCUGGUAUGUUUUAUGCAUUACGUCGUAGAGAGGCAGAAAAAUGCAGUAGAAAAGUUGCAACUUGUGUUCGAAAUGUGAUCUUGUAAUGGAAUAGUAUUAAACGUGUUAUUUAAUGUAUGUACGUACGUAAGCAGUAACUAUUACAAUACCGUUAUCGUAUUCUACACCCUAAUUUAUAUACGAACACACACACAAACAACGUUGAUAAGUAAUUAAAUAAUUCAGUACAUUUUGAGUGAAAGAAAACUAUUAUGAUUUUAAAAGUCAUUGGAAUAAAGCUGUUUUUGACAAGAAAAAA